UGGAGGGACUAUUGACCUCUCAUUUCACAACGUGGAUGUAAUUAUCAUAAAGAUCCUUGUUUCCUUGGAGAACACAAUUUUUAGAAACCAAAGAGAAAAUGAAUUUAACACUAAAAUUUCUGCUUCUGCUGCUAUUUGUUUUGAGUCAGCAUGCUGAUUCUGGCUCUAUCGUCAAGUUUCUUCCCGGCUUUGAAGGCCCUCUUCCUUUCGAACUCGAAACCGGGUACAUUGGUAUUGGUAAGAAAGAGGAAGAGCAACUGUUUUACUAUUUCAUCAAGUCUGAGAAUAAUCCAGAAGAAGACCCUCUUCUUCUAUGGUUAGAGGGAGGACCUGGAAGUUCUUCUCUCAAUGGCCUUCUCAUGGAGAUUGGCCCUGUGGCUUUGAAGUCCGAGGUUUAUAAUGGAACUGUCCCUUCUUUGGUCUCUACUACGUAUUCAUGGACAAAGAUGGCGAGCAUAAUAUUCUUGGAUCAACCUGUUGGAGCUGGCUUCUCAUAUUCAAGAACUCCACUUAAUAAAACUACUGACACAAAUGAAGUUAAGAUCAUAUACGAGUUUCUUCAAAAGUGGCUAAGCAAGCAUCCACAAUAUUUGUCCAAUCCAUUUUAUGCUACUGGAAGUUCUUAUGCCGGUAUGAUUGUUCCGGCCCUCGUUGACAAAAUUUCAAAAGGAAAUUAUAUAUGUUGCAACCCUCCUAUAAACAUACAGGGUUAUGUGCUCGGAAACCCAAUGACACAUUAUGACAUUGAACAAAACUCUCGUAUUCCAUUUGCUCAUGGAAUGUCACUUAUCUCUGAUGAACUCUACACGUCAAUGAAGAGAUUUUGCAAAGGAAAUUAUUUCAAUGUGGAUCCAAGUAACACAAAAUGUUUGGAACUUGUUGAAGAAUUCCAUAAGUGCAUUGACGACCUAAAUAUAUAUAAUCCAUUGAUACCAGAUUGCCAGGACCCAUCAGAUACGCAAAAUAUAUCCCCUCAUUGCUAUUAUUACAAGUAUCAUCUCCAAGAACGAUGGGCCAACACAGAGAGCGUUCGCAAAGCUCUUCAAAUCAAGAAGGGGAGCAAAAGAGAAUGGGUGCGAUUUAAUCAUAGGAUACCAUACGAUCAAGACAUUAAAAGCAAUAGUGUACCAGACCAUAUGAAAAACAGCGCUAACGGCUACCGGUCGCUUAUCUUCAGUGGUGAUCAUGAUAUGGCGUUGCCUUCCAUUGGAACUCAAGCCUGGAUAAAAUCUCUCAAUUAUUCCAUCACUCAUGACUGGAAGCCUUGGAUGAUAAACAAUCAAAUCGCUGGAUACGCGAGAACUUAUUCCAACAAGAUGACAUUUGCUACUGUCAAAGAAAGUGUGGACACACGCCAGAGUAUCUACCAGAAGAGACCUCUAUCUUGUUCAAAAUGUGGCUCAGUGGCCAACUUUUGUAAUCGAGCCUCAUGCCCUUUUAACUAGGAAAAAAGUAUAACAUACAUGAAAUGUUUGUAGACAGUAUUAUUGCUUAAUUAAAGAUCAUUUAUUUUUUUAAUA